AUGAAAACCUGGUGUAAUAAAGAAAAUAUUGUGCCUAAAUAAUAUAAGAUUCCUUCUUCACAAAACCUUCUAUAAACGAAUCAAAAUAACAAUGGCAAAGGAACCUCCCGAUAGAACACAACACGUAAUUAACAUAUGUGAAUUUAGCUUCAAAAUUAAAGAGUUAUAAUAAUCAGUUCGAAGUGAAAUUUUCAAAAAGAUCAAUUUCUUUUAUAGAGGAAAAUUUACAAAAACCGAACAAAGAACCUACGAUUGUUUGUUAUGCAAAGAAUGACACUGAUUAGAAUCAAUCAGAUAGUGAGUAAUCAUAGGAUUCAAUUAAUAUAUGGUAAGAUGAGUGUAAAUACGAGGAUUUAUUUGAUUUAUUUUAAUUUAGAUUCAAUAAUUCUUAUAAAACACCAGAUCAAUUGUAAAAUAAUGCUUUACAUUUAAUAAAAAGCUAUAAAAAGCUUUUUGGAUACAACAUAUUUAGAACAAAUAUUGGAAAAAAUCCAUUCUAUCAUAUGCCCAGAAGAAUGAGUUCACUAAAAUACUUGAAUGAGCAGAAGUAGAAUACAAGAUACUCAAAAUUAUCUGCAAAAUUCAAAUUACAAGAAAGCAAACUUCCAUUUGGAAAGAAUUCUUUUCUAAAUAAUUAGAUUACAAUUUACAAUAUUAAGGAUAAAAAAUGA